GAGGAGAGAAGUUCUGACUUUGAGAGGGAGGAGGGGCACUGCCUCUAAGAUGAGUCUCUCUGGGAAGAGAGAGGAGGGAGGCCCUGCCUCUAAAAUGAGUCUCUCUGGGGAGAGAGAGGAGGGGGGCACUGCCUCUAAGAUGAGUCUCUCUGGGGAGAGAGAAGAAGGGGGCCCUGCCUCUAAAACGAGUCUCUCUGGGGAACAUGACAUGGACACCAAAGCUAAGAGCCCAAUCCAGCAGAGACCAGCCUCACCUGUACCCAGCUGUGUGUCCAUGAAGAGUGACUGGUCUAUGGAGGCACCUCCCAUGUUCAGUGAUGGAGGAGGACCUUCCAAUGAGGAAGGGAUGAGACAGCAGAGACCAGCCUCACCUGUACCCAGCUGUGUGUCCAUGAAGAGUGACUGGUCUAUGGAGGCACCUCCCAUGUUCAGUGAUGGAGGAGGACCUUCUAAUGAGGAAGGAGAUCAACAGGAGAAGUCUGAGUCAGACCAGAGUCACCAUGAGGACUUGUCCUCCGUAUUCACAGUGCUUGAGGAGACUGUCAUCAGGUUUGUGAAGAAAGAGCUGAAGAGGAUGAAGAGGAUUCUGAGUUCAGAUUUCCCAGAAGGCUUAGAGAGUCAGAGGGAGGACCAGGAAGUGGUGGACCCUGAAUAUCAGAAGCAGGAGAGCAGUGCCAGAGAGGGAGCUCUGAAGAUCACACUGCACGUCCUGAGGAACAUGAACCAGAAGGAGCUGGCUGACACUCUGGAGAAAAAUGAGCGUGCUGAGAUUUGUCGACAGAAACUCAAAUAUGAACUAAGGAAGAAGUUUGAAACUGUGUUCGAGGGCAUAGCUACACAAGGAAACCCAACUCUUCUCAAUAAGAUCUACACAGAUCUCUACGUCACAGAGGGUGAGAGUGGAGAGAUCAAUAAAGAACAUGAGGUGAGACAGAUUGAGACAGCAUCCAGGAAAUCAGCAAGAACAGAAACAGCCAUCACAUGCAACAACAUCUUUAAACCCUCAGCUGGACGAGACACACAUAUCAGAAUUGUUCUGACAAAAGGAGUUGCUGGCAUCGGAAAAACUGUCUCUGUGCAGAAGUUCAUCACGGACUGGGCUGAGGGACUAGCCAAUCAGGAAAUCCAGUUCAUCUUUCCUCUCCCGUUUCGAGAGCUGAAUUUGUUGGAUGGAGAAGAGUUCAGUCUGAUGGAACUUGUCCAUCACUUCUUCUCGGAAACCAGAGAAUCAGGAAUCUCCAACUACGACAAGUACAACGUUCUGUUUGUCUUUGAUGGUCUGGAUGAGUGUCGACUGCCCUUAGCCUUCAAAGAUAACAAGAGGUGCUGUGAUGUCACAAAGUCCACCUCAGUAGAUAUGCUGCUGACCAACCUGAUCAGAGGAAAGCUGCUUCCCUCUGCUCUCAUCUGGAUAACCACUCGACCUGCAGCAGCCAAUCAGAUCCCUUCUGAGUGUGUUGACCUGGUGACAGAGGUACGAGGGUUCAAUGAUGCUCAGAAGGAGGAGUACAUCAUGAAGAGAUGCAGUGAUGAGAUCCUGGCCAGGAGAAUCAUCUCACACAUCAAGACAUCAAGGAUCCUCUACAUCAUGUGCCACAUACCAGUCUUCUCUUGGAUUUCUGUUACAGUCCUUGAACACAUGCUGAGAACAGAGAAGAAAGAGAAGAUGCCCGAGACCCUGACUGAGAUGUACACAACCUUCCUGGUGUUACAGACCAAACAGAAGAAGGUGAAGUAUGCUGGGAAAACUGAGACCGAUCCACACUGGGAUGAAGACAGCAUUCAGAGUAUUCUGUCACUGGGAAAACUGGCCUUCCACCAGCUGAUCAAAGGCAACCUGAUUUUCUAUGAGAAAGACCUGACAGAGUGUGGAAUUGAUGUCCGUGAUGCCUCAGUGCACUCAGGAGUGUUCACACAGAUCUUCAGAGAGGAUCGUAAAGUCUUCCAGGAGAAGGUGUUCUGCUUUGUCCAUCUGAGCUUUCAGGAGUUUCUGGCUGCUGUGUUUGUGUUUCUCUCAUUCAUCAACAACAAGCAGAAUCUGAUGUCUGAGACUCCAUCAGCUUCCAGUUCCAAAAAAGUGUUGACUCUUUUCAGAGAGAAACCAGAAGUCCGAUUCUACAAGAGUGCUGUGGACAAGGCCUUGCAGAGUAAGAAUGGACAACUGGACCUUUUCCUCCGCUUCCUCCUGGGCCUCUCAAUGGAGUCCAAUCAGAUUGACUUACGAGGCCUACUGACUCAGAAAGGUAACAAGACAGAGAGACAUGAGGAAACAGUCAAGUACAUCAAGGAGAUGAUCAGAGAGGAUCCCUCUCCAGAGAGAUGCAUGAAUCUGUUCCACUGUCUGAAUGAACUGAAUGACCAUUCUCUGGUGGAGGAGAUCCAACACUACCUGAGCUCAGGAAGUCUCUCCAGUGAGGAGCUCUCAUCUACACAGUGGUCAGCUCUGGUUUUUGUGUUGCUGACUUCAGAAGAGAAGAUGGAUGUGUUUGACCUGAAGAAAUACUCCAGAUCAGAGGAAGGUCUUCUGAGGCUGCUGCCAGUGGUCAAAGACUCCAAAACUGCUCUGCUGAAUGACUGUAACCUCUCAGAAUGGUGUUGUGAAGCGCUGGCCUCAGCUCUCCCCUCCUCAGAUCUGACAGAGCUGGACUUGAGUAACAACAACCUGGGGGAUUCGGGCAUGAAGCUGCUCUCUGCUGGACUGGGGAAUCCACUCUGCAAGCUGGAGACACUGAGGCUGUCAGGCUGUCUGGUCACAGAGGAAGGCUGUGCUUCUCUGGCCUCAGCUCUGAGGUCCAACCCCUUCCACCUGAGGGAACUGGACCUGAGCUACAAUCAUCGAGGAGAAAAAGGAUUGAAGCUGCUCUCUGCUGGACUGGAGGAUCCACACUGCAGACUGGAGAAACUCAAUGUGGAUCAUGGUGGAGAGUGCUGGAUCAAACCUGGCCUUGUGAAGGCCUGGAAAUAUGCCUGUGAGCUCACACUGGACCCAAACACAGCAAACAGAGAACUCUCUCUGUCUGAGGAGAACAGAAAGGUGACAGGGGGGGGAGAGGAACAGCCGUAUCCUGAUCACCCAGAGAGAUUUGAGGACUUUGAACAGGUGCUGUGUAGAGAGGGUCUGUCUGGGCGCUGUUACUGGGAGGCAGAGUGGAGUGGAGGAUGGGUUCAUAUAGCAGUGACAUAUAAAGGAAUCAGCAAGAGAGGAUGGGAUGAUGACUGUGAGCUUGGACGCAAUAACAAGUCCUGGAGUCUGGACUGUUAUGAUAACAGAUACUCUGCCUGGCACAAUAAUAAGAGAACUGACAUACCUGCCCCCCCCUCCAGCUCCCACAGAGUAGGAGUGUAUCUGGACUGGCCGGCCGGCACUCUGUCCUUCUACACAAUCGGCUCUGACACACUGAUCCACCUGCACACAUUCCACAGCACAUUCACUGAGCCCCUCUAUCCUGGGUUCAGGGUUCAUUAUGACUCCUCAGUGUCCCUGUGUCAGGUAAAAUAGCCCACACACACUCUCACACACUGUGUUCACAUAGAUGUUACUGAAGAUUGAACUGUAUACAGUUGGAAUUGAUAUCCCAGAGUGUUUGUAAAUAUUGGUGUGUGUAGAAUGUUUGUUUUGUUUU